UUAGAGUCGACUUACCGACCAAUUCAACAAGUUCCGAGCUCGAUUCGCAUCUUCACCUCGCCCAUCACCCCGGACAAACCACACCGAGCCGCUAUCCCAUAUCAAUUUUGAGACCAUGUCAGAAAAGAGACCGGCUCCCGACGACCCGAGCGAUGGGCAAUUGGUGGUCAAGAGGCAGAACGUGGGCUCGAGCCGCGCCCUCACUCGCCCAGGCGCACCGGGGAGCGGCGCGCUCAUCCAGGCGGCCCCCCGGACGAGCGCGUUACAGGCGCCCUUGAUGGAGCUAUCCGGCCACACCGGGGAGAUCUUUGCGGCCAAGUUCGACCCAACCGGGAACCUGAUCGCGUCGGGUUCCAUGGACAGGACAAUCAUGCUCUGGCGGACAUACGGCGACUGCGAAAAUUACGGCGUGCUCAGCGGUCACCGCGGCGCUAUUCUCGACCUCCAGUGGUCCCGCGACUCCGACAUCCUCUUCUCCGCUUCCGCCGACAUGCAUCUUGCGAGUUGGGACCUUACGUCUGGACAGAGGAUACGGCGGUACAUCGGGCACGAGGAGAUCAUCAACUCCAUGGACAUCAGCAAGCGCGGCGAGGAGCUGCUGAUCAGCGGGAGCGACGACGGGACGAUCGGCAUCUGGGAUCCGAGGACGAAGCACGCCGUCGAUUACAUCGAGACCGAGUUCCCCAUCACUGCGGUGGCCAUCUCCGAGGCCGGCAACGAGAUCUACUCGGGCGGCAUCGACAACGACAUCAAGGUGUGGGACAUCCGGAAGAAGGCGCUGGUGCACUCGAUGCUGGGCCACACCGACACGGUAACCUCGCUGCGGGUAUCGCCGGACGGCCAGCAGCUGCUCUCCUACGCGAUGGAUUCGACCGCGAGGACGUGGGACAUCAGGCCAUUUGCCCCGGCCGAGCGGCACAUCCGCACGUUUGACGGGGCGCCGCUAGGCUUGGAGAAGAACUUGAUCCGCGGAAGCUGGGACUCGGAUGGAAAGAAGAUUGCUGUAGGUGCCGGCGACGGCACGGUGGUGAUCUGGGGCAGCGAUUCCGGGAAGCUGCUCUACAAGCUGCCCGGGCACAAGGGGACUGUCAACUGCGCCGAGUUUGCGCCAGGAGACGCGCCCAUCAGUCAGUAUCCCCGGACCCUACUGCCUCGUUUCCCCCUUUGCUAACAUUGUCGCAGUUCUCUCCGCGUCUUCCGAUAGGACAAUGUUGCUGGGCGAGCUCAAGUGAGACAAAUCCACCAAGAAGAGACUCAAUAUGUCGCCGCACAGGUGGUGCGGGCUCUCUC